AUGUGGCGUCUUAAUUUAUUCCUUUUGCUAUCGACCUGCUUCCUCAUACCGUACGAUGCCAAGCCCACGACUCGGGACCCAACAAUUUCCGCGACUCCGAAGCGUACCACCAAUGUGGGUAGCCUGGCGGCCAAGGAUCUGGCCGAUCUGCUGCUGGCUAGCAUGCAGGCACGCGGCAUAAAGUUGAGCGAAAAGCAACAGGAUACUGUGGACUCGCUGCUUCGCAAAGAUUCGCCAAAGGGGGCGAAGGGCGAGGAGGUGGUGCUGAUAGUACCCCUAGAUGUGGUCGUCGAUGUACUGGUUGGUGCACGCAGCGGCGCCACUUGCGGUCGCAUCAUCAACGAAAUUCAGAAGAGCAUGGAUAAGACGAAUCUCAGUUUGGGGCUCAAGGCUUUCCUCGCGCUCUGCUCCUUCAAUGGCAUCGAGUGCUCCAAGAAGGAAGUCGUCCAAAUUAUCAAGAGCAGCACAGGACUCAAGGCAUCGUCUGAGGGCAGUCGCAGCGUCCGCACAGCCCUCGCCACACAACAAGGAGUGCCACAAACAUCUGUUGUUACAGAUCAAGAUAUGGUUAUACAGUUCCUGAAGGCCCGUCCCUUGCCGCAGUUGAAUGUGAUUUUAAACGCUCUGCUUCAAAUGUGUGCAACACCCGCUGCGGAGGUUCAGAGCAUUGCACAAAUUCUGGCUCAGUUGGGUUCCAAUCCUAGCCUCGUUGCCAAUAAGAAAGAUAUCAUUAUUAUUUUGAUUACCCGACUCCUCGAUGGUUUGAUAAACAUAGCGAAUGGCCAGCCCUCACCUACCUGCGCGGCCACAAGCGAUAAUUGGAUCGUAAAUCUCCUAAAAAUGAAUGUGCCGGCGAUUGUUUGCCUAGGAGUACUGAGUGCCCUAAACAAGCCAUCUGGCGGCGGCAACUCCAUCAACACGGUAGGGUCUGACGCACGCAACGAUUUGGGAAAUACUCUAAUAGCAAAUGGGCCUCAAACCUCUGGCCUCAUUGGUGCGUCUGUCCCCAUAAUGGCUAGUGCGCCGAUUGGCAAUACCGUCGUCGCUAGCGGUGCUUCAGGUGGUGCUACUGGUGGUGCUACUGGUGGUCGUAAUGCGGUCAACUCUAUGGGAAAUACUUUAAUAGCAAAAUCCUCAAAACGUUCGAGUGGCAGUGGGCUUGCUAACGUGAAUCUACCUAUAAUGGCUGCUGCGCCAAUUCUCAACACUGUAACAGCCAUCGGUGGUUCUGGUGUCGCUGGAACCUCUGGUGCUUCUGGUGCUUCUGGUGCUGGCAGUGCGAGCAACAACUUGGGCAACACUCUGAUCGCAAAAAGAGGUUCGAGUGGCAGUGGGCUUGCUAACGUGAACCUACCUGUAAUGGCUGCUGCGCCAAUUCUCAACACUGUAACAGCCACCGGUGGUUCUGGUGCCGCUGGAACCUCUGGUGCUGGCAGUGCGAGCAACAGCUUGGGCAACACUCUGAUCGCAAAAAAAGGUUCGAGUGGCAGUGGGCUUGCUAACGUGAACCUACCUGUAAUGGCUGCUGCGCCAAUUCUCAACACUGUAACAGCCACCGGUGGUUCUGGUGCCGCUGGAACCUCUGGAACUUCAAGUACAAGUGGUGCUGGCAGUGCGAGCAACAGCUUGGGCAACACUCUGAUCGCAAAAAAAGGUUCGAGUGGCAGUGGGCUUGCUAACGUGAACCUACCUAUAUUGGCUGCUGUGCCAAUUCUCAACAGUGUAACAGCCACCGGUGGUUCUGGAACCUCUGGAACUUCAAGUACAAGUGGUGCUGGCAGUGCGAGCAACAGCUUGGGCAACACUCUAAUUGCAAAAAAAGGUUCGAGUGGCAGUGGGCUUGCUAACGUGAACCUACCUGUAAUGGCUGCUGUGCCAAUUCUCAACACUGUAACAGCCACCGGUGGUUCUGGUGCCGCUGGAACCUCUGGUGCUUCUGGUGCUUCUGGUGCUGGCAGUGCGAGCAACAGCUUGGGCAACACUCUGAUCGCAAAAAAAGGUUCGAGUGGCAGUGGGCUUGCUAACGUGAACCUACCUGUAAUGGCUGCUGUGCCAAUUCUCAACAGUGUAACAGCCACCGGUGGUUCUGGUGCCGCUGGAACCUCUGGAACUUCAAGUACAAGUGGUGCUGGCAAUGUGAGCAACAACUUGGGCAACACUCUGAUCGCAAAAAAAGGUUCGAGUGGCAGUGGGCUUGCUAACGUGAACCUACCUAUAUUGGCUGCUGUGCCCAUUCUCAACAGUGUAACAGCCACCGGUGGUUCUGCCUCUGGUGCUUCAAGCACAAGUGGUGCUGGCAGUGCGAGCAACAACUUGGGCAACACUCUAAUUGCAAAAUCUUCCAAAGGUUCGACUGGCGGUGGCCUUAUCGGGGCGAAUGUACCGGUGCUUGCAUCUUUGCCGAUUCUUAAUAAGGUGGAGGCUACAGGAGGAUCUGAGGGCGGCAGUGGCUCGAGCGGUGCGGGCGGUGCCGGAGGCUUACUGGGCGGGCUUACCGGCGGGGCUCUCGGUGACACUCUCAGUGGUGUCGUUGGCACUGUCGAAGGUGUCGUUGGGACUGUCGGAGGCACUGUCGAAGGUGUCGUUGGGACUGUCGGCGGCGUAGUUGACGGUCUAGGUGUAGGCGGAGUGGUCGACGGCGUGUUACAAACCGUUACUGGUUUGCUGAGCAACGUGGUGCAAGUAGUUGAUCAUGAGGGUAACGCUUUGUUUAGCCUCUUGGGUCUGGGCGGCGCUCUACUGCCCGGCCGUCUUGGCAAAAUCAUUCUGGACGAGAAUGGCAACAUCAAGAAGCUGGUCAACAUCAACCUUCAAGUCCUUGCUGUAUUAAGUUUGCUGAACACAGUCACGUCAAGCGGCUGUGGUGCAAGCAAUCAAUUGGGCAAUGUAGUUGAAACUGAUGAUGAUGCCACCGAUGUCGGCAGCCUGAUUAACAUUGAUGCGACCAUAAUGGCGCAAAUAAGCUUACUGAACACGAUAAUAAGUCAAGCGGGUGAAAAUUGUGCAACUGCCGCACCACCAACUGGCCCACCAACUGAGCCCCCAACUGAGCCCCCAACUGAGCCACCAACUGAGCCUCCAACUGAGCCACCAACUGAGCCCCCAACUGAGCCACCAACUUACCCGCCAACCGGCCCACCAACUGACCCACCAACUGAGGAGCCGUCAACUCCCAACCCCAAUAAGUGCUAUCGUCGCUAUUGCCGGAAGUGGCGCACUCGUCCCAACUAUAUGUGCUUGAAGAACUGUGGCGGUCCCUACGUCUACCGGCCCUAGACGGCAGCCCUAGCUGGUGCUUGUUCCUCUCCGUAUUACAUUAGCGCAUAGUCCAUGGCACUUUGUUUGUUUUGCAAUCUUUUUAAGAAAGUUUGUUUAAGUAAUUUAUUGAAAUAUAACUGAAUUAUUUAUUAUUAUA